GUGCAAGGUUCCUUGUGGUCGAGCUCCUACUGUAUGGCCUCGGAAUCUAAUGCCUAGGGUGCAUUAGCGUGCGCCAGCGUCGAUUUGGUGUCGAUCAGCGUCGAUUUGGUGUCGAUCUAGCGUCGGACAGCGAGGAUGCGCAAGGGCCAGCAAGAUGGCUUCCAUGAGUUGCCACCGAACUCUGCGCUGCCGUGCUGUUCGUGGGGGCCGCCUGCGCUGUGGCGGCCGGCGCCGGCGCGGCGAGACCAACCGCGCUGCGAAGGGGGAGCGCUGGCGUGCUCGACGUCAUGAGCAAGGCGGGAGUGCAGUGCCACUUCUAGGAUGCCACAUCCAGCCCGCCGGCGGCGGGUUCUCCGUCGAAGACGCCACGAGGUGCGCGGAGGACCUGAGGGAGAAGAUGAAGCAGAACGCGACGCUCCAGGGGCUCGGCGGAUACGACGACACGGACCACGAGAUCACCGUCAGUUUCAACGUUAAGUCGACGGCGGACAUCGACUGCACAGACGUGGAGUUGCACCAUCAGGCCAUCAGGGACGCAUCCACGGUGGUCUUGAGCGCCGCGCUCCCCAGCGCGAUCCCCCACGAGAACUCGCGCUCGUGCCUGUACACCCUCCUGGAAGCAGACGAGCUCCACGUGAACUGCGAGUUCACCGUCAGCAGCGCGGAAGACUCCAAGGCGCUGUGGGACGCGUGCAUGUCCGCCUCGGACCCCUUAGGCAGCGUCGCAGGCGAGCUGGGCUUCCUCGAGGGCCCCACGGUCGCGGACGUCAAGUGCAAGAAGAACGCGCUCGCCUGGUGAGGCCGCGGCGGCCGCCUGUGGGGGGGCCAGGCUGGGCCGCAAGCCCAGCGGCGCGCCCGGAGGGGACAAGCACCGCGACCUCUGCCCUUCUACCCGGGCUCGCCGCCAACAAGUCUUGAGGAGUCGGGGCCCAAGAUGGGCCACGGCGACCUCGGCAGCAACAUCGCGUGGCCGAGGCGUCCUCGGAGAGGGCCCCGCCCCUGGCGCCCGCUCCGCGAUCCCAGUCCCAUCGCGGCGCGCCGGGCCCGCGCCAGAGGAGCGCGGGGGCGACUGGUGGGGGG